AUGGCCUUUGUUCGUUUGGGGGGCCGCUGGGUGUGCUGUUCGGCCUCGUCGGCAAUGAGCCGGCGCGGUCGUUGGGAGCCUCCAGGUUUGCUUCCGCUGCGUCAAGACCCAGUACGCGCCAACCGCCUGGGUAUUGGUGCUGCGACGGAGAAGAAGCGGAAGAAAGAAGAGGGAGAGAGGUGCAGUAUUAAACGUGUUGCAAAAGUCGAGAGGGUUGGAUUUGUCGCAGAGAGAACCAGUAACGCAGCGAACAAUAAGGUUAUUAGGGCGGGUUUGUUGGGUCGAAAAGAGAACGGCAGCGAAGCGAAGCAACAGUCGAGAGAGGGCAGGUUGAAAGACAAAGGCCGGCCAAAAGAGGAAGAAAAAAAAGAAAAAAUGAGUCCAAAAGCAAAGCGACGUCUGGUCUAA